GGGAGGGAACCCUGAUGUGUUUAUCAGAAAGUUCAGACUCCAUUUUGAGUCACAGAGCAGAAGGAGAGAAGCUGAAGGCUGAGGCAGGACUGAUGUCAGAUCAGAAGAUGAGUGGUUGUGAGUCUCUAGUCUCCGGCUGUCUGUCUAUGAAGAGUGAUUGGUCCAAAGAAGAACCUCUGUACUUCAGUAAAGAACCUGGACCCUCAGACACACAAAUUCAGUCCAGACAGAGAGCAGAGUCUCCAGGAUCCAUCUGUCUGUCUAUGAAGAGUGAUCGGUCCAAAGAAGAACCUCUAUACUUCAGUAAUGAACCUGGACCCUCAGACACACAGAAGAAGAUGAGUCAUGAUUCUAAGGAGAAGCUGAUGUCCAGAACCAGAGCUGGACUGCAGACAGCCAGUGAGACCAGAAGUGUACAAAGAGAUAGUGGUCUGCAGGAGGUUUUAGAGGAACAUAAGAUCAGUCUGAAGAAGAGAUGUGAAUGUGUGACUGAAGGAAGUGAUGAAACAGGAAGUGGAACCCUCCUCAACAGGAUCUACGCUGAGCUCUACAUCACAGAGGGACACAGUGAGGAGGUUAAUACCCAACAUGAGGUGAGGCAGCUUGAGUCAGCUUCCAAGAAGAAGACCCUCCAUGACACUCCGAUCAGGUGCCACGACAUCUUUAAAGCCUCAGCUGACCAACAGAGACGCAUCAGAGUCGUUCUGACGAACGGCGUCGCCGACGUUGGAAAAACCUUCUCGGUGCAGAAGUUCACUCUGGACUGGGCUGAGGGUUUGGAGAACCAAGAUGUCAGUCUGGUGGUUCUGCUUUCGUUCAGGGAGCUGAACUUGAUCAAAGAUGAGCAGUACAGUCUUCUCCAGCUGAUCCAUAUUUUCCAUCCAACAUUACAGAAGAUCACAGCAGAGGAGCUCUCUGUCUGUAAAGUUCUGUUAAUCUUUGAUGGUCUGGAUGAAACCAGACUUUCACUGGAUUUUAAGAAGAAGAAGAAGAAGAAGAAGGUUGUGUCUGAUGUCACACAGAAGGCAUCGGUCAACGUGCUGCUGACGAACCUCAUCGAGGGGAAUCUGCUGCCCUCGGCUCUCGUCUGGAUAACUUCCAGACCUGCAGCAGCCAAUCAGAUCCCUCCUACACGUAUUGACAGGGUAACAGAAGUACGAGGCUUCACCGACCCCCAGAAGGACGAGUACUUCAGGAGGAGGUUCAGUGAUGAAGAGCUGUCCAGCAGAAUAAUCUCACACAUCAAGACAUCCAGGAGCCUCCACAUCAUGUGUCUAAUCCCAGUCUUCUGCUGGAUCACUGCUACAGUUCGACCACAUGUACUCACUGACAUGUACUCACACUUCCUGUUGGUCCAGACAAAGAGGAAGAAGCAGAAGUACCAUGAGGGACAUGAGACGAGUCCUCAGGAGCUGACGGAGGCUGACAGCGAACUUCUUCUGAAGCUGGGGAGGCUGGCGUUUGAACAUCUGGAGAAAGUUAACAUCAUGUUCUACCAAGAAGACCUGGAGCAGUGUGGUCUUGAUGUCACGGAGGCCUCAGUGUUCUUAGGGGUUUGUACAGAGAUCUUCAAAAGAGAGAGUGUGAUCUUCCAGAAAACAGUCUACUGCUUUGUUCAUCUGAGUGUUCAAGAGUUUCUAGCUGCAGUCUACAUGUUCCACUGUUUCACAAACAGGAAGACAGAGGUACUGAAGGACUUCAUGGGAGAAGACUACAAGUAUUCAUCCCUGGAUAAUUUCCUGACGAGAGCCGUGGAGAAAUCCCUUGAAAGUAAAGAUGGCCACCUGGACCUGUUUGUCCACUUCCUUCAUGGCCUCUCUCUGGAGUCCAACCAGAGACUCUUAAGAGGCCUGCUGGGUCAGACAGACAACAGUCCAGAAACCAUCCAGAGAGCCAUCAAUAACCUGAAGGAAAUGAACAGUAAUGAAAUGUCUCCUGACAGAAGCAUCAACAUCUUCCACUGUCUGAUGGAGAUGAACGACCUCUCAGUACAUCAGGAGAUCCAAGAGUUCCUGAAGUCAGAGAACAGAUCAGUGAAGAAACUCUCAGAGAUCCACUGCUCAGCUCUGGCCUACAUGCUGCAGAUGUCAGAGGAGGUUCUGGAUGAGUUCGACCUGAAGAACUACAAGACAUCAGAUGAGGGACAAUGGAGACUGAUUCCAGCUGUGAGGAACUGCAGAAAGGCUCGACUUUUUUACUGUGGACUCUCAGAGGCUCACUGUGAAGUUGUGGCCUCAGCUCUGAAGUCCAACCCCUCCCAUCUGAGAGAACUGGACCUGAGUUACAACAUGAACCUUAAGGAUUCAGGAGUAAAGCUGCUGUCUGCUGGACUGGAGAGUCCACACUGUCGACUGGAGACUCUGAGGUUGAGGGGCUGCAGUUUGUCAGAGAUCAGCUGUUCUUCUCUGGUCUCAGCUCUGAAGUCCAACCCCUCUCAUCUGAGAGAAGUGGAUCUGAGAGACAACAAGCUGAAGGAGUCAGAUGUGAAGCUGCUGUCUGCUGGACUGGAGAGUCCACACUGUAGACUGGAGACUCUGAGAUAACGAACUGAAUGUGCAAGAAAAGCUGCCUGAGGACGACAAAUAGGUGAGAAGUUGUACAGUAUCAAGUCUUCCAGUAAAAACCAAGAAUGACUUUACUUAGACAUUUAGCGACGAUCCACCUCUGAGACAUUUGUUCAGAUCAUGUGACUAACAGGCCAGAACUUCUGUGUCCUACAGGUUCAGGUGUCCUAGUCCAGGUGUGUUCCAGUGUGCUUUGACUGGACUGGUGUUUGUUAGGGUUCAGGAGGCGGAGCUGGUGUACAGGACUGUCCAAUGAGAUGAGAGAAAUAAGACCUCAAACACCUGAUGAACUGAUACCUCCAAAAGCCUCAUCAGCAGAUCCACUUUAAUUUGUCACAUCGCACGUAUCUCAUGCCAAGUGUUUUCAUUAAAAUUAAAACAUAGAAGAAACAAAAGCGUAAAGUACAUGGACCUGAAGACCAGCAGGAGGUUCUAACAUGUUUCUCGUAUGAGUGGCGCAGUGGCGGGCCGUGUAUUUUAUACCUGGGCCUUCACUGCUGUCUUGCAGCUGAAACACCUCCUAAUAACCUCAU